CUUUACCUUUCGACUAUCUUCCUCACCGCCUCUCAUCGUCCUCCACUCUUUCUACUCACCAUCUCGCUCGUUAAUAGGCAGGAUGGGACGUAUCAAAGGUAUUGGGUCUAGAUAAGGGAACUUGGACCCAAGGUGCGUUAUCAAGUAUUUUUUCUCCGGGUUAGUAUUACUGGCUUCUAUUAUUUUGGGCUACAUGGACUCCUCAGACUACGUUAAGGCUGUCAUACAAGAUGGAGAAAUUUUUUUUCCCCACGAAGGAUUUAUCGUCGUACGGGCGAAUAUUGCAUCAAUAGUCGACCACGACGAAGACGUCAUUGUGGUUGCUCACUGAAUGACAUCUGCAGGGUUGCCGACAUACCUUCCAAACAUGCCUGUAAUGUGGAUUCCGGCUGGCCAGUUACCGAAUCAUUGAGUCUGCUUACAGGAGGAUAUAACCUCUAAGGUAACUUAAUCCACAUGAUUUCGCCCGUUUCCCAAUCUCCAGUUACUCGACACCAUGCUGUGUGGGCCAGUGUGACUCAAUAGAAACUGCGCGGAUAUAGCCUUGACUCUCUUCAAUGGAUACCUCCCACGCUAUUCCUUUGUUCACCAUGACUGUGUACUGAGCUGCCUAAGCUACCCGGCCCAUCCUCCUCUCUUAAUCCCGCAAUACGAAUGCGGUACAAAAGUGCGACCCUACCUUCUUCGGGCGUACGACAAAGAACAGCCUUGUAUUAUUCCGUCUCGCAACGCACUCGGUCCACAUACGUCUUCUUUGUUUUGUACCAAUGGCAGCAUCGGCUCUUUGAAUUCGAACAAAAGGACCAGUCCUUGUUACGGCUCCGCUCUUGAAGAAUCACAGGACAGGUGAAGCUGAACAUUGAAGCGAAACCCUUUGUCUUUCCAGAUCUGUGGGUUCCACUGCGUGUAUGACUUCAGCAUUGUCAAGUCCACUAUCAUCGACUUGACGAUGAACAAUGCCGCGUCACCUCUGUCAUUAUUGCGCAGGUUCAACUAUAAAGCCAGAAAUCCACGACUACCACUCAAACCCUCUUAUCCUUAUCCCCCUUCACAGUCAUCCAGGAGAAUGUGCAGUACCCAAUAUCGUCAUCCAAACGAAAGGCACGAUUCGUCGACAGUAUCGAAAUGGGUGAAAGUCGGGGAAGUAACUCUCGACCUCUCUCAGACAGCUCUAUCCACCGUAAAGGAGUUGGCCGAGUUCACACCCAUACCCUUCUUGAAAGAAGCUGCAGGAUGUGCUCUUGCAAUUGUUGAAGCUGUCGACCGAGUCAUAACGAACAAGGAAGAAUUCCGACUUCUCGCGAGCCACGCAUGCGAACUUGUAUUUGUUGCUCAACGUGCUACCGCGGCAUCUGAAAGGACGAUUCAGAAUAAGGACAGCAAGAUGAUGAAUAAUCUGAGGCACUUGCUAAACACGUUAUCGCAAAUCAAGGAAUUCGCAGAUUCUAGAGCUACGAAGAACCCAUUCUCUCGUUUCAUACACCAGAAUUCAGACGAACAGAAGAUUCUAGCCUUUAGAGAGAUGAUGAGUCAUGCCCUUGCUCUAUUUAACUUGCAAUCUACCAUACAAUCCCACGACCUAUUGCUAGAUAUUCAGAGAAACACGCGAUACUGCCAGAUAUACCAUUCACUCGACGUAGAGAAUGUCCCUCGGGAGGAGGCAACUGCAGCUGAACGGCAUCCGAGUCCACAACCUGGCAAUACCUACCCAGAAACAGACACUCUACUGUCUCCCAAACCCCAAUCACUUCCCAGCCGACCUCAAACCGCCGAACUCCAUUCUCCUAAUCCAAGCUUAUUACCAACACCUGUAUCGACAUCUCCGAACCCAAUGAACGCCAUGUUCGGGGGCAACCUGAGCGGCACUAUCACUGGGACCGUCACGUUCAACAACAUAUCUGGAGAUCAAACCAAUAAUACCGACAACUCGAAAUCAGUUCGGGAGAACUGUGGUGGGACAUAUCGAACGCAGGUGAUGAAUUCGAAUAAUCAGUUUUAUUAUCCAUAUGAUGGAACGGUUACACGAUGAACGCACUGAGCCAGAAUGAGCACUACUACGGUAUACCACUGUUUUUAUAUAUUGAUGUAUCAUGACCCAGAGGACUUGAAUAUGUAAUUACUCACUCAUUAUUUGGGUGAUAGGCUCGACCUUCUUCCUGAUUUUCCUUGAUCUCAGAAUAGAUGUAGUCCGUCACGU